UCUCUUCUUUGGAAUAAACCCUAUCACCAAACAUUUCCUCAUACCCGGCAGUUUCCUGGUUUAUUGUUCUACUACUCACUCAAAAGACCUUCCGAGUGGAAUACAUCCAAAAAGCACAAAGGGGAAGGGAGGGACGAAGAAGGGCUGUCUUUUGAAGUAAAUGCUUUAGUCUUGGUAGUCAUUUACUCUCAUUGUGUGGAGAGAGUAAUACCUUUACUAUGUGUGUCUCUCUGCUGCUGCUACUGCUGGUCUGCGGCGCCCAGUCGUCUCAUUUUUACGGGACAGUAAUGACUUAUUACCCAAAAAACACUAAUGCAGAUGGAUCUCUCACGGUUGUCCUUCGCUAUAAGCUGAGCUUCCACCUUUGUUCUUCGAGAGACUUCUGGCGCUGCCCUUCUCAAAAUUGCGGGACUCGGACUUCUCUGGUGCUAAACGUAGUGGACCAGGAGAGCAGUGGAGAGUGGUGUCAAAGAGAGGAAUCAUGACUCGGCAGGUUCCCAUCAACUCUCAGUUCCAAUUAGAGUUGUCUGGCAAUGCCUGGAUAAAUAAUAACAAUGGCAUCUCAAGAUGGAGAGCUGUGACUGGAGUGGAUCUGAGGAACAGGUCGGACAUCAGACAAGCCAACACAUCGCCCCAGACUACAAUCCUGCCAGCCUUGAGAGUUCCUUCAAACUGUCGGAGAGAUUUCCACCUGCUGGACUUUGAUCCGGAUGGAGAUGAGGUCAGAUGCAGAUACGUAAGCUCCUCCCUCUCAGAGUGUACCCAGUGCACUACGCCGUCUGUUCUCAGCCUCUCAGAAUCCUGUAUUCUGUCCUUCAGCCCCACCAGCAGCGUAAACGAAGGUCCGUACAUUGUCCAGAUGGUGAUGGAGGACUUUCCCAGGCAGACCAUCUCUCUGACUCAAAACGGAGGGCUGACAGUCACCAGUGCUAUCAGCAAAAUACCUAUCCAGUUUGCUGUAAGAGUGGACCCCGCAGUGCCCUCCUGCACAGAGGGACUCUAUCUGCCCAGGUUCCUGACUCCAACUCCAGCCAACAAAGCUCAACUGUACACCCCUGUCAAUCAGACCCUUUCUAUCAGCGUCAAUGCAGAGGCUAAUGUCUCCACGACGCUUGAGCUGCUGUUCAGCGGGCCGCACAACAUGAACAAGAGUUCAUUAGGAGCAGGACGGUUCCUCCUGAGAUGGACGCCGUCUCAAGAAGAAGACGGAGAAAGCCAUCCCAUCUGUUUUGUCAUCCAAUCAAUCACGAAUUCAACCACCAAAUAUCAGUCUGAGCUCCGAUGUGUCAUUGUGAGUGUUAGGAAAAUGGUGAGUCAAACUGUCUUAGCUUCUACUUUUAACUUCCAUUUCUAUUUUCCUUGGUAAUCUUUCUUGUAUUCUCCAUUCCGCCUUACAGAGCCAACAAUAACCACAGCCGUUCCAUCAACACAACACCAGUAGCUACAAGCACUAUCACUAUACCAACAACACACAACAUUCAACCACUGCACCACUAACCACAAAAACCACCCCAACAUCAACAAUUAACACAUUGAUUACAACAACUACCCUACACCAAAUACAACAACAACACAAACUACAACCACAAUUCCAUCAUCAUCUAUACCAGUAACUACAUCAACUACAACAACAACACAACAUACAACCACAAUUCCCUCAACAACUACAUCACUAACCACAACAACCACCCCAACAUCAA